AUGGAACGUGUAUUUUGUGGCAUGUUAGUGAUUUUAGUGGCAACGCUUGUGAGUAGCGAAGUAAACGUUUCGCUAAUAGAGGAGUUAGGAGAAGAAGUGCGAGACCAACGGAAAUCGAUUGUAGAAAAUCAAGAACACCUGAAGCAGAUACUGGAUCUGUUGGGCAAGGUACAGCAAGAAAUUCAAAAGCAGCGAGAAGACGUAUCGAACGAUCGACUGCAGGUAUCGAAAUGGCAUGCAGAGACCUACUCAACGAUCGCAUCACUUCAAAUUGAAUCAGCAAAUCAACAGAAGCAUAUUGUGGAAGCUCUUACUGCAGGUCGUGCUAAACAAGAGCAAAUUCUGAAUUUUUUGCUCACCUCAGAACAAGAGGCGAAACAGCAAAAAAGUGACGCAGCAAAUGAUCGUAUUGAAUUUUUAAAAUGGCGCACUGAGUACAAAGAGGUGAUUGCAUAUAUAAUGAAAUUCCAGUCAUUGUCCAAGUCUAACGGAAACACUAUAGAGCAAGUCGAUCAGGAGAAUAAGGAAACCCAUAAUGUGUUGUUGGUUUUCUAUAAAGGACCGUAUCGGUCCUGCGGAAAAUCGUUUGUAAAAGCGUCUGGCAAGUAUAAUAUCAGUGCAACAGAAUCAUCUUUACCCUUUCUUGCUUAUUGCGAGGAGGAGAAGUAUGGUGGAGGUUGGAUGGUCAUUCAACAUCGUUUCGACGGAUCACUGAACUUCAAUCGCAACUGGACCGACUACCGGAAUGGAUUUGGCGAUGUGGAUGGUGAGCACUGGCUCGGCCUCGAAAAGAUUUAUCAGUUAACGAAGGAACAAGAGUAUGAACUGCUUGUCGAGAUGAAGGACUUCUAUAACAACUCCAAAUAUGCAAAAUAUAGCUCAUUUGGCAUCGGGAGCGAAACUGAACAUUAUCGCUUGACAACCUUAGGAUCGCAUAGUGGAACGGCAGGAGAUGCUCUUAGCGAUCACAAGGGAGUGGAUUAGAUAACGUUAGUUAUAGUGGAUAGAGAUAACGAUUUAGUUGAUGAAGGUAAUUGUGCAGUGGUGUUUGAAGGAGGCUGGUGGUUCCAUGAAUGCUAUGCUACGUUUUUGAACGGGUUGUAUCAAAAUGUUAGUGGUAUGGGUUUACACAAAAUCAUGUGGUACGAUUUCGCUAACGAUUUUCGAGGCCUAAGCUAUUCUCGAAUGAUGAUACGUGCUGUGAACUAA